GCCAGGGGCUGGGGGGAGGGGAAACGGGGUGAUGCAGGUCAAAGGGUACAAGUUCUCAGUUCUAAGAAGAAGAAGUAAAUGAAUCAAGGAGAGAAGUGUGAGGGGGCCGUGUCAGGUACUGGGGAUUGGGGAGCGUCCGGUGGGCUGGAGACUUCCCGGCAAACGGGCACGCAGUCUCCACCCCCAGGCUCCUGGCAGUCCUCAGCGCUGGACGUUAGAGGAUUUUUCCCACAAGGGGGAGGGUCAGUGCCCCAAAGAUCACUGCGGGGUCCCUGUGCUCCUCCUUCAUUCUGCUGGAAAGUGGCGGACAGCCUGAUGGGCCCUGGUUUCACUUUCAUGUACCACGGCCUUCCUACGGCUCACAGGAGGAGAUUGGGGGUCCCUUGGAUGACAGGGGCACAGUGCCAGACCUCAUUCUUGCUCAUUUCCUCCUGAAAAGCACAAUUCUUAAAGUCCAAAGAGGCUGUGAUGAGGGAAGAGGCUGAACUGCAAAAUUCCCAAAGGGCAUCCACUUCCGCGGCUUAAAUGCCCAGGCUGUACCACGUAUUUGCUGCAUCAGCGUGGGCGGGUCCCUCUCCCCAGCCCAGCCCUGGCUUCACCAGCAUGCAAAAUGAGGAAACUAGCAGCAAACUUUGGAUUUUCUGUGAAGGUUAUUGGAGUCAGUGGAUGAAAGUUGCUUGCCCGAUGGUGUUCAAUAAACAGAGGUGUUUACGGUUUUCCUUGUUAAUGAUUUCCCUCUACUUCAGCUCAUUAAUAAAGGUGAUUGCCUGGGAAUUAAAGAGUCUAUUGAGUACAAUCCAGUUUAACCCACUUUUACGCAAAGGCCAUUUAUAUGGAGGGUAGAAAUGUGGCGAAAGGAAACUUCUGGAGAGAUACCAAGAUGGAGAACAUCCUUCAAAGAGUCCUGGCCCUGGUGGCCAGUGGUAGAUAAGAAUUGCUUGGGCAUCACCUUAAGUGGGGGAAGAGAAAGGCAUGGAGAAUUCUUUGCAGGUGGACAUCCUUGCUUUCUUUGUGUCCUGAAACUUCAAAAGAGUCCACGUGUGAUCCAGCCCAGGGUAGGAGUUGUCCCUGAACGUGGCAGAUCCUUAAAUACUAAAUAUAGCUUCUGAGUUUUGUGGGGGGAAGGUGUUGGUGUCCGUGCACCACGCUUAAUAGGAAGAGAAAAACAAAAUUUUACUUCUAGGCCUCAUGGUGUGUCUUUGAUCAGAAUUUCUGUGUCGAAGGAGCUUGGGGGCGGGAGGGGGUUUUUUGAAGCUGCAUUUCUCUCUAAGUUUGAGGAAAUGUUCAUUAUCAACAUAUUCUUGGAAAAGGGCCAAUGGGAUUAUGGUUAGGCUCCCAAGGCCCCUGGAAAAUGGCUGGGGCUAACUGCUGUCUGGGAAGUGUCCUCUGCGGGAAGAACACUGACCCUAAAAGAAAAUGUCCCCCAGUAGCAGCUGCCACGGUGAUGACAGGGCUACCUGCAACUGACCCAGGUUUAUUUCUCUCCCUGGCUCCAAGAUCCCCGAGUCCACAGCAUCCCCCCUCAGUGGCUUUCAGACUUGGAGAUGUCUGACUUCCCAGGGCUGGCGCCUCUCCCUCCGCUCAUAUUCUUGGAUUUGGUCUUCUCAAGCCACUUUGCUGAGCUGAUCCCAUCUUUCUGGGGGGAAACACCCUUUUCCUUCUGGGAGGGAUGGAAGACACUCUCUCUCCCUGCCCUGAAGGAUGACACUGUCUCCACUUCAGCCCCUCCCCUUUUCAUUUCUAAACUCCACCCGGAGAAAAGUCUUGCAAUCUCCCUCCUCCCCAAGGAAAAAACUCCACACAGCCAUGCCCCACAUAACGAUGUUUCGUCAACGACAGACCGCAUCUACGACGGUGGUCCCAUAAGAUUAGUACCACACAACCUAGGUGUGCCGCAGGCUGUGCCAUCCAGCUCUGCGUAAGUUCACUCCAUGAUGCUCGCACGACGACAACAUUAUCUUAUGACGGAUUUCUCAGAACUGAAUACAAGAAGACGUUUAUUUUAUUUUCUUUGGGGAUGACACCACUGUCUUCGUGGAGCUGUUUUCACUCUGGAACAUUUUGAUGAUUUUGAUGUGGCCGACAGUCCCCAACAAUGAUGCUUUCAGGUUUUGUUCUGUCUAUCUAAUGUCGGAAGUGGAUUAAACCCUCCCGUUUCACACUCAGGGCUGUGACUGUCCCACAUCAGUGAAACAGUGGUGUCUGUGGAGUGAACCCAUCAAAGUCCCUGACACCCCCCUCCCCCUCGUCCUUAAUUCUUUCUCUUUUCUGAACGGAUCUCUGAUUCAAUCAAUUCAUCUGGAGAAAGGCGAAGACCCAAUCAGGAUUAACUGGAUGGAGAUUCAGGGAUCUAAUCAGGUGUCGCUUUCCAAUUGGAGGUUAGUAGUUGCAAAGGGGAAGAUGUGAUCAGAAAGGUGUAUAUAAGUCUCAGGCACCGAAGAGAUGCAGAAUCCUCACACCCUGGGGUCUCCAGCAGGUCUGAGAUCUGAGCGCCCAGCACUCGCUGUCAGAGCUGGUAAGUUACCGACCUCAGCUGAGGGCUCCCCCAUCUGACCUAGGCUGCCAGUCUCCAUAGCGACCAGCAGCCCAAGACAGCGCAGAAAGUUUUCCUUUUUCUUUCUUUUCCUCUAAAUGGCUUUGGUUUUGCCUCUAGAGGCAUUCUUGCCUUAAUCCCAAACACUUUGAUUUGUGCUUUGGUUUAGAUCAUUUUUAAAUGUCUUAACCGAGAAGAUUUUUUUUUAAAGAAAAACAUCUAACUGGAGGUUUAUUUCUUGACAUUUUAAAUAUUUAGUUUAUGCACUUCGAUUGUAGCUCACAUAGUUCGUGGUUUUGUGAUUUUACUAGUUAGGCUUCCUUAUUAACUAAAAGCUUGAAAACAUUUCAUAUGAUAUUUUUAGAGCGGCAUCUCUUUGGCAUGUGAACUAUUUUUCCCCUGAACUCCUCCUCAAAGUGGUAAUUCUAACACAUGUAAAGAGAUAAUGCAUAGAAAUUGGUGUUUUCCGUUGCCAACUUCCAAAUUCUAGAUCCUACUGUUUGUUACACGGCUUUUACAAUUUCUCAUUCAAAAUUUUUAAAGUGAAAACGAAUGGCAUUCAUUUUAGGGGUAUCUCCUUAAUCUCUCCCAGCCGGGUUAACUGGGGACUGAGAAUGUAGGCUGUGCUGGGCCAUGUGAUGCUCCCAUUCCCAUUGUUUUAGGGUCUUGAAUAACGGUCUGAAAGUUUUCCCCCCAAAAGGUGGGGCUCAGCUUUCAGGCUCCUAGGCACCCACUUUACCGUGGGGCUGGGAUUAAGUGAAGCCGUGGGUGGACAUGGAUGGGCUGGUGGUUGGCCUUUCACUUCCUUGGGACACUUGUCCUGGUGCCAGAGGGACAGAGCUAUGGCUUUGUGGCCACUGAGCCCGGAGUGGAGUUGGGGUAAACUGAGGCUCUUCCACCAUUGCCAGGGCAGGACCCUGAGUGGGUUCCUCUGAAGGGUGGGGGGACCCACGAUGGGCUGCCUCACGCUUGGCCUGAGCAGGAAGCCUUGUUCCCUGGACGUUUCUGCAGGAUUUCUUCUGGAGCAGAUUCAGGAUGAGUGUCCGGGUCCCACCCAGACUCCUGGAACUGGCAGGUCAGAGCCUGCUGAGGGACGAGGCCUCGGCCAUCGCAGCUCUGGAGUUGCUGCCCCCCGAACUCUUCCCACCACUGUUCAUGGAGGCCUUCAAUGGGAGACACACAAAGACCCUGAAGGCGAUGGUGCAGGCCUGGCCCUUUGCCCGUCUCCCUCUGGGGGGCCUGAUGCAGACGCCUCACCAGGAGAUCUUACAAGCCGCGCUUGAUGGGCUCGAUGUCCUGCUUGCCCAGAAGGUUCGCCCCAGGAGGUGGAAACUGCAGGUGCUGGAUUUACGGAACGGUGGUCAGAACUUCUGGAGCCUGUGGUCUGGAGCCGGGGUCCACAUGUGCUCACCGAUGGGACCAGGGGCUGAGGACAGUUCAAGGUCGAAGCAGCCCUUGGCUCCCUUGAAGGUGUUCGUAGACCUUUGCCUCAAGGAAACGACCCUGGAUGAAUUCCUCACCUACCUCAUUACGUGGGUCAAGCAGAGAGAAGGUUGGCUACAUCUGUGCUGUAAGAAGCUGAGGAUUUUCGCCAUGCCCAUCCAAAAUAUUGAGAAGGUCUUGAAUAUGGUGCAGCUGGACUGCAUCCAGCAGGUGGAAGUCAACUGCCCCUGGCAGCUGUCCACCCUGGGAGUGUUUGCUCCUUACCUGGGCCGGAUGAGUAACGUGCAGAGACUCCUUCUCGCCCACAUCCACGCGGCCGCCUCCGAGGAGGAGGAGCGGCAAGUCGCCCACUUCACCUCUCAGGUCCUCAGGCUGCACCACCUCCGGGGGCUCUAUAUAGACUCUCCUUCCUUCCUCGAAGGCUGCCUGGACCAGAUGCUCAGGUGCCUGAAGACCCCCUUGGAGACCCUCUCAUUAACUAACUGCCAUCUUACGGAAUCAGACUUGACACACCUGUCCCACUGCCUGAACAUCAGUCAGCUACAGAACCUGGAUCUGAGUGGCAUCAGCCUGACCUAUUUGAGUCCUGAGCCCCUCCAAAUCCUGCUGGAGAAAGUUGCAGCCACCCUCCAGAACCUGGACUUGGAUCAGUGUGGGAUCGCGGACUCCCAUCUCGAGGCCAUCCUGCCUGCCCUGAGCCACUGCUCCCAGCUCAGGACCUUCAGCAUGUGUGGGAACCCCCUCUCCAUGGCCGUCAUGGGGAGGCUGCUGCGCCACACCGACGGGCUGCGCCGAUUAAGGCUGGAGGUGUAUCCUGCCCCUCUGGAGAGUUACAGCCCCUGGGGGGCUCUCCACCUGGGCAGACUUGCCUGGUUUAGGGCUGAGCUGAUAGAGAUUCUGAGGGACUUAGGACGGCCCAGGACUGUCUGGCUUAGCACGAGCCCCUGUCCUCACUGUGGCAACAAGACAUCCCAUGACUUGGAGCCCAUUCUGUGGCCCUGUUAUAUGCCCGCCUAGUUGGGUGCAUCCAUCAAAAGCUUUCUUCUGGGCACCUGAAAACUGAAAUCUAGGUACAUUGUGAAGAGAUCACAGACCCAUAGUUUCAGACAUCUGCUGCUCGACAUGAAUGGAACAAGAAAAGGUGGUCCAGGCGGGGUGCGGGAUGCAGGGGGUCAAAGUUGACUCAGAGAAUUGACGGAAUCCUCCGGGACAUGUGUCCCAUAGAGUCAGAAGUAUGAAUCUGAAUUUCUGGAGGGGGAUUCGGGCCUGAGACGUACAUGUGGGAAUUCCUGCUGGGUGGAUAGUUGUAAAGAAGCAGCCAGAGCUAAAGAGAACCUCAAUGUAAACCGUCUGGUGUCCUCUAUGAUUUAUGAAUCUGUUUUCCCAGUUUACACCUCAGGAAUCUCCAGUUACUGAUGGAAAAAAAAAGAAGGCACUGAGUUGUCUAUGAUCAGAAACUCUCGCUGCUGGGAGAGGUUCCGCUCCAGGAACUCAGAACAUUUUUAUCAUUCCUUCCAGUUCUUUCCUCUCCCUGGGGCAUCUCUUACCUCCUUUUUAUUUCUGUGGCUGUUCAGGGGCUAAUAUCACAACGAGAACACAGUAAGUGGCCUAUGAGCCAUUGGAGCAAAGGGCUCUUGGCAGCAGCCGGCCUCACUGCUGACUCAGGCUGUGACCCUGGACACGAGCAUUCCUCUGGUUCUCCAGGUGGAUCCAUAAGUCUCGGUUUCUGGCUUUAUGCUGGGAAAGGGCUGCACGACACAGGGCAGAGCCCCCGGUUCUGGAAGGGGUUAUCCACACUGCAGACUUGCCGGAGCCUCUGGGCCCGUCGUGGGUGGGUGGCAGUCCUUCCCGAAUUGAGCUAGCUGUAGCCACGAAAG